AUCUCUCUCUCUCUCUCUCUCUCUCUCUCUCUCUCUCUCUCUCUCUCUCUCUUUUUGUCUUUUUUCUCUUUUACACGCUUUAUCAUUUUCUAUCUUUUUCUCUUCUUCUCUUCGUCAUUGUCAUCAUCAAUAAGGUGCGCGUUCUUGAAGAGAAACUUCGUAAGGAGAGAUUUCGAUAUAAUCGUUUCUUUUCAAAUAUAUUCUCUCUCUCUCUCUCCUUCUCUCUCUUUCUCCUAUCUUUUUCACUUUGUCUACAUUUAUCUCUUUCUCCCUCACUCUUUCGCUCUUUUAUAGAAGAUCUUGAUCUCGAUCGAAAUAGUAUAAUUUGAUAGAGAGACAAAAAGGGACUAUUUCAUCUGGUAUAUAUUUGGAGAGGAGGAAGAAAGAAGGAAAAAAGGAAGGAAAAUAAGAAGAAGAAGAAGAAGAAGAAGAAGAAGAAGAAGAAGAAGAAGAGGAAGAAGUGGAGAAGAAGAAACAAAAGAAAAAUAAAUAAGAACUGUUCUUCUCUUUGCGAUCCUUUACGUUAAUUUUUUCGAGAGACGACGAUCAUAUAAAUAAUUUUAAAAAGAAGGACUAUCGAAAGGAGCGCUCAGUAUUUAUUCUUCGCUGUCGCGUGCGCGAUCCAGCAGUGCCUUCCUAGCCUCCCUCUUUUUUCUUUUAAACGCGCGUGUCAUCGCUUUUUACGAUUAGUGAAUUUCAUCAUUGCUGAUAGAAAUUACCGAUAAAGACAAUUCUGAGUGGGGUCAAAAACGAAGAAGGAAGGAAGAAGAAGAAAAAGAAGGAGGAAAGAAAGCAAACAUUUACUUCUUUCGUGAAGGAAAAAAAAAGAAAAUAUUUGCGUGCUCGCAAGGAUCUUUUUUUUCUUGUCUUUAUUUCUAUUUUUCUUGUCCUGAGAUUUGCGUCCACGAAGCUAAAUCACAGAAGCAAAUAUGUCUUCGUCCUCGAGGUUCUUCCCGCCGAUUCUCGUUGCGGCGCUCAUCCUCUGCGUUGGUGUCGCACAGGGUAUCAGAUGUUAUAAAUGUGGGCAGUACAACGAGGGAGUUGGAAGUAUCACGCCUUGCAUUAAUUUUACUGCUCAAAUGGGUUUGAAGGACUGUCCACCGACUUCUGAAUGGUGCAUCAAAUACGUCAGCGAAGGUUCCACGGUACGUGACUGCGUCGAAACGUGCGUGGAAAAAGAGGCUUGGAGUACGAGAACAUAUUGCUGUCAGCAAGACGGUUGCAACUCGGGUCCAUCGUUGACGUCUAGUAGCAAUAGUUACGUCGUUGUUUUGACGUUGACGAUGCUUGCUCUUAUUCUUGAACGAAGUCUUCGUGGCUAAUACGUCAUGACGCAAGACGUAAGGAAGCCGUUUUAUACGGCUCCAGGAUCGUCGGAUGCGGCCAGUUUUGGAAACACGACCAUCUUCCUUCCUUCGACGAGAGGAAUAACAACAAUGACAACAACAACAUCAACGGCAGCAACAACAACGACAACAACAACAAUAACAUCAACAACAACAAUAAACAGAAGAAUUAUUACGAUUUGCGCUUACGACGUUGACGCCAUGUUUGUAAGAUUUCACGCAAGCAAAACGUAGUGACGUCAACGGUUCCUUCCUGCUUUUUCCGGUUCAUCUCUUCCUCCUCCUCUUCUUCUUCUUUUCUUUCUUCUUUUACUUUUUCUCUCUCUACUCUUAUUUUCAUCCUCGUGGUCAUCGUUCUCGUUGUCGUUGUCAUCCUCGUCGUCGUUUCUCGAGCGUUCUUUGAAUCGUCGCGAACGAGUGCCCUACCUUUCGCUUUUAUCAUUCCUUUUUUUCUUUUUCUACCUUUCCUCCUUCCUUCUUCUCUGUCUCUUUUCUCUAACUUUCUUUUUUCUCUUUCUUUCUUUCUCUCUCUCUCUUUUUUCUCUUUCUCACUUUCCCUCACUCUCUCUCUUCCUCUCUCUCUUUCUCUCUCGAUAGUUUCUUUUUUAACGAGGAUAUGACAAUGAGAUUCUUGACGAUCGUAAUACUCGGUAAUGAUCGAUGCGACUUUUUUGUCGAGCGACCACUCUUAUUCGAUGCUCUUCGUUAUAGUUCUUGCUUUAAAAAAUUUUUUUCAUUUUUCCACUCUCCUUUCUCUCUCUCUUUCUCUCUCUCUCUCUCUCUCUCUCUCUCUCUAUUUAUCUAUCUAUCUCUCGCUCGCUUGCUCGCUUGCUUCUUCGAUAAAUAGUAUUCACCUUCGCCGGUCGUCUUCUCGUUUACUUCAGUAACAUCUUUCACGAAACUCUAUAAAAAAAUUCGAUAAAAGCAAAUUGUAUGGAAAAGCGAAAUUUUCGGAAAACUUCGAAGGAUAAACUUCUAAAAAAAUCCUAACAGUUCGUAAAUAUCUUUCAGUCUUUCUUGCAGGUUUUACUAAUAUCUAAUAACAUCUUCGAUCCACAUGCCUCUUCUGUCAGGUCUAUAAAACUCGAGAUAGACAGAGAAAAAGGAGAAAUAGAGAAAUAGAGAGAGAGAGAGAGAGAGAGAGAGAGAGAAAG